AUGGCUCUCGCUAAACCGAAAUCGGAGAUGACCGCCGAAGAGCUGCAAGCUCGCGAAGACGAAGAAUUCAACACGGGCCCCCUUUCGGUGCUCACGCAGUCGGUUAAAAACAACACGCAAGUUUUGAUCAACUGCAGGAACAACAAGAAACUGCUCGGCAGAGUGAAGGCUUUCGACAGGCAUUGCAACAUGGUGCUGGAAAACGUGAAAGAAAUGUGGACAGAGCUGCCCAGACCUGGGAAAGGGAAAAAGAAGGCAAAACCAGUGAACAAGGACCGUUUUAUAUCAAAGAUGUUCUUGAGAGGUGAUGCUGUUAUUCUGGUGGUCAGGAAUCCUCUAGCUACAGCGAACUGA